AAUCCAAAUUCCAACUCACACUUUCUUCUCUAAUCUUUCCACCUCAAAACCCCACCAUUAACACCCAAUUCCACCCCACUUUCUCUCUCCUCCCCCCAUCAAUGGCAAAAACAACAACAACAACCCUGUUCAUCUUCUUCUUCCUCCUUCUUUCUCUGUCCUCUGCAGAUGACAAAUCCGCCAUGGAUGAGUUCUUAAACUCCUUCACAUCAACCCCUCCUUCUGGGUGGGAUUCCUCCACAGAUUUCUGCAAAUGGAAGGGUGUUAACUGUGAUAGUAGCAGCAGGGUUACCUCCAUUACUAUUUCUUCUCAAUCUCUCAAUGCAACUAUCCCUCCUUCCCUCAAUACUUUAUCUCAGCUCACUACUCUCUCUUUCCAGAACAAUCAUUUUGUUGGGGCUUUUCCUUCCUUAGCUAAUCUCUCUCUUCUUCAAAACGCUUUCUUCGAUUUCAACAAUUUUAGUUCAAUCCCAUCUGGGGCUUUUUCUGGGUUGAGUUCACUCCAAAUUCUGUCUAUGACCUUUAAUGUCGAUCUUGCGCCAUGGCCGUUUCCAAUUGAGCUCACUGAUUCGUCAAGUUUGGUUAGUUUUUAUGCUAAUAACGCGAAUAUGGAAGGGUCGAUUCCUGAUGUGUUCGGGUCGUUUCCCGGGUUGCAGAAUCUGAGGUUAAGCUACAAUAAUUUAAACGGGUCGUUACCUGGUUCAUUAAACGGGUCUGCAAUUCAGAAUUUCUGGGUGAAUAAUAUCGGGUUAUCGGGUUCGAUUGAAGUGGUUUCGAGUAUGACCCAACUAGCUCAGGUAUGGCUUCAUGGUAAUAAGUUUACUGGUUCAAUUCCUGAUUUAUCUGCUUGUACUGAAAUAUUUGAUCUUCAACUUAGGGAUAAUCAAUUUAGUGGGAUUGUUCCACCUUCAAUUGUUUCUUUGCCUAAAUUGUUGAAUGUAACACUUCAGAACAAUGAACUUCAAGGGCCAUUACCUGAUUUUCCUAAAACAGUUGAGAAAGUUGAGAUUGGGAAUAAUAAAUUUUGUAGGAAUACAACUGGGGAAUGUGAUCCUCAAGUUACUGCUUUGCUUCAAAUUGCUGGUGAUUUAGGGUACCCUAUAAAGUUAGCUGAUUCUUGGAAUGGUAAUGAUGCUUGUAAUCGAUGGACUUUUAUCACCUGUGAUUUGAAUGGAAAUGUUAUUACUGUGAAUUUUGCAAAACAAGGGUUUUCAGGGACAAUUUCUCCUGCAUUUGCAAAUUUGACAUCGUUGACGGAUUUGUAUUUGAGUGAUAAUAACUUGACUGGUACUAUUCCUAGUAGCUUAACUUCAUUAACCCAUCUUAAGAAGAUUGAUAUUACUAAUAAUGACAUUAGUGGGAAAGCUCCGAGUUUUAGGCCUGAGGUGGAUUUGAUUCAUUCCGGGAAUAAGAAUUUCGGUAAGGAUGUUCUUCCUCCUGGUUCACCGGGUUCCCCGGGUAAUUCCACUUCUCCAACGAGUGGGGGGUCGAAGGGUUCUUCGGUUUCUCCUGGUACGGUGGUAGGUGUGGUGAUUGCGGUUCUUGUUUUUGUCGUGGUUGUGAUGUUUGUGUUGUACAAGUGUUACAUGAAGAAGAAGCACAGGAAGUUCGGGAAGGUUCAGAAUCCCGAAUCCGGGAAUGAGAUGGUAAUGAAGAACAAUAAUGUUGUGGUGGGGACCACAACAAAUGGCUAUGCAGGUGUCCCGAGUGAGUUGCAAAGCCAGAGCAGCGGUGGUGAUCAUGGUGAUUUCCCGGUGUUUGAAGGCGGGAAUGUUGCUAUCUCAAUCCAAGUCCUUAGACAGGUGACGGACAAUUUUAAUGAGGCGAAUAUAUUGGGACGUGGAGGGUUCGGGGUUGUUUACAAAGGGGAGUUACAUGAUGGGACUAAGAUUGCUGUUAAAAGGAUGGAAGCUACAGCAAUGGGAACCAAAGGAAUGAGUGAGUUUCAAGCUGAAAUUGCUGUUCUUACUAAAGUUAGGCAUAGACAUUUGGUUGCCCUUUUAGGUUUUUGCACCAAUGGUCAUGAGAGGCUUUUGGUGUACGAGUACAUGCCACAAGGGCAUUUAGGGCAACAUCUUUUUGAUUGGCAAGAGUUAGGGUAUCCCCCAUUAACCUGGAAACAAAGAAUCUCGAUAGCUUUGGAUGUUGGAAGAGGAGUUGAGUAUCUACACAGUUUAGCUCAAACAAGUUUUAUUCACAGAGAUUUGAAACCGUCAAACAUUUUGUUGGGAGAUGAUAUGAGGGCUAAGGUUGCAGAUUUCGGGUUGGUAAAAAAUGCUCCUGAUGGUAAAUAUUCAGUUGAGACUCGAUUGGCUGGAACAUUUGGCUACCUUGCUCCUGAAUACGCUGUUACUGGAAGAGUGACAACCAAAAUCGAUGUCUAUGCAUUUGGAGUGAUUUUAAUGGAGCUUAUUACCGGUAGAAAAGCCCUCGACGAGACAAUGCCGGACGAAAGAUCUCAUUUAGUGACGUGGUUCCGCAGAAUCUUGAUCAACAAGGACAACAUCAGAAAAUCAAUAGACCCUAUCCUCGACCCAGAUGGCGAAACUUUCGAGAGCAUCUCCCGGGUCGCUGAGCUUGCGGGCCAUUGCACGGCCCGUGAGCCACAUCAGAGACCGGACAUGGGCCACGCCGUAAAUGUGUUGGGCCCAAUGGUCGAGGAGUGGAAACCUUCGUGCCAAGAGGAAGAGGAUUCGUAUGGCAUCGACCUACACUUGAGUCUCCCGCAAGCUUUGCAAAGAUGGCAAGCCAACGAGGGGACUUCGACAAUGAUGAGUGAUAAUUCCUUUAGCAGGACUCAGGCCAGCAUUCCUUCCAAACCCUCGGGAUUUGCAGACUCGUUCGACUCAAUGGACUGCCGAUGAGUACUAUGUGUGGCAACUCGGGUCAGGUUCGGGUUUGGUUUUGGGUCACAAAUAUUGUAAAACAUAAUAUCACUACAAAAUAUGAUAAAUAGGUCAAAUCUGGUCGAUUUCAGGUCAUUCGGGUCGGUUCAGUUCAGGCCGGGCUUCUCUCAGUAACUUCAGGUCGGGUUUGAGUCAGGUUAUCGGGUCGGGUCAGCCCUACCGAUAACUGUCAAGCAUCAACUGAUGCUAGAAACUUGAACAAAUUAUUCAGAGCUCAACUGCUGGAGGUAACUGUCGUCUUUCACCCUUCGUGCCUUACAAGAUUGCAAGAGUCAGAAGAAAUCGUGUUUAUUGGUUUCGUGAAUUUAUUUAUUUUGUUACUCACUUAAUUAUUCUUUGGUUCUUAAUUAGUCAUUCUGAUCUUGUGAGUUUAACAGAAGUUUUAUUUAGGGGUGGUUAAUUAGUUGGUGUUUUUUUUAGUUGAAAUUGGUGGUUGUUAAAAAAUGAACAACCACACAUGGGUUCGGUAUGGGGAUAUACUAAAUGUAACAUGGGCUUUGAUGAAUCUGGGAAAAGAGAAAGCAGUUCAUAUUUUUGUAACAUAUUCUUUUAUUCUUGUUAAUUGUUAUUGUUGAAAUCUGAAAUGAAUAUUAUUGUUUUUUUUCAUACUAA